GUCGAACUUUCUUGGGCCGAAAUAAAUCAACGUAAAUCCCCAAAUUUAGUACACUGAAACCUUCAUGAAAUGGCAAGUUUCUUUGGAGAAAUUAUUCAGUCACGUUCCAGAGCCGUUGAUGAAGACGAAGAUGAAUUGGACUGUCCAACUAUUUCCACGACAAAUAUAAGAUGGUCUCCUGUAGUGCGAGCGGAAGUUCUCAAAAAACCAGAUGGGAAAUUACCGUGUCAGAGUCUUAUUAUAGCAAUUGGCCCUGCAGCAUCAGCAUUUGCUCAGUCAUACAUCCUCACUGAGAAUUACUAUGUAGUUGGUGCAUUAUUCAGUGGACUGGAAGAUACUGAUAUAAACACAUUUGAUCAGCUGUCACCCACAGACAAGACUUGUUAUAUCUACAGAUGUAGACAAAUUCCAGAUGCAUUUCUCUGCUUGUGUAAAACAGAUGUCAGUCCAGAGCAGUCAUAUUCAUUUACAGAACAGUUAUUUUCCUGCAUCAGUUCCGACUCGCCACAUUUCUAUAUGUCAAUAUUAUGUUCGUGUAUGACAAGCGAGUAUAAAAGUGACGUGCCUGUCUCUGACAUGAAUCCACCAUUUCUCCGAUCACUAAAGACCAACAAAUUUCCUGGAACACCGUUAGGACCAUACCUAGAACAGCCUAAUCUUGUCUCCGGCUUGCCAGCUCAAUUGUUAACAUAUGCACAGAUGAAGGAUCUGAAAACUGUAUUAUACAUUUGUUACACAGAUUCAGUAUAUCCGGACUAUGCCUCUAUAAGGAUAUUCCAUCCUUUACUACAGUCAACCCCAAUUAGAGAUCUUAUACAGGAAAAUCCAAGGGCAGAGGAAGCGUUAAAAAAGAUUGUGGAGCUAUAUUCUGUUCAAAAUGUGAUGUAUUUAUGAUAUUGGGAACACAUUAUUUAUAAAUUAAUUGCACAAACCUUCACGUGUUUGGAUUCCAAGUGCACUUUCGUGUGGACAAAUAUUCAAAGGAAAUUCGAAAAAAGGUUGAAAUUGAAGGACAGUUUUGUUAAAAGAUUUUACAUCAAGGAUUGGAACCAGAAAAAUGGUGUAGUCCAUGGCAGAGUGGUUGAGGGUGUUUACUCUGAACCACUUGCCCCUCACUGCUGUGGAUUCAAUUCCCACCAGGUACUUUCCUGUGAAGCAGCUAUCCAGGUUGCUUAGGGAACGUCGGUGGUACUACUCUGGUACCUGCUUGUGCCUGAAAUAACACACAAAGGGGCUACUAAGGUCUUCCUUAGCCAUUAAAGCUGGAGUCUCACCACAUGACCAGACCAGUGUUGUUGUUAUUUAAAACCAAACAAAUUCUAGGAUAAUUAACUCUGGCAGUGCACACUGUGGAAAAUCCAUACUUGUACUAUUAAUGUAAAGAAAAGCCCACCUGCUGAGUGUCAGGUCCACUGACCAUGGAUUCACUGUAAAUUUAUUUUUUAAAGUAUUGUAUAUAACGGACAGACCAAUCGCAUGGCUUAAGAAAAUUACAUUUUCUCAUUAUUUCUAUUUAAAAGAGAAAGUGUUCAAAAUUCGUAUUUAAAAUGCGAGAUUAAAAAAGGUUCUGUUGCUUGAAUUUGAAUUCCAUUUUGUCUAAUAUUUCAAUAUAGAUCAUGUGAGAUUUGAAAUAAACAAUGAAACAUU